AUGUCGGACGAUUGGUUCUCUUCCAAGCUCGCCCCAGAAGGCAACGCCAACGAUGGAUGCUGUCCUGAAGAAGCAGAAGCCCUCAAAGACUUCCUGCGCUACAAGACAACUGCAACCGAAGCCGCUCAGACCAUGACUCGGCCUGUCCUGACUGCAGGGAGCCCUAAAGACGACCUUUCUCGCCUAUAUAUUCUCCUACUAGAUGCUCUUGUAGAGCUCCCAUCAAAACACAUCGAACUAUUACUGGAACUGCUACAAGCCAUUGAGAAUCUUCCAGAGCCUGACUUCACUGCUGUGCAGCAAAGCAAGAGGCCCCAUGAGAAGCUUUGGAAAGGUCUUCCACAUUUUGCUAAUCUCUGUUAUGACGUCGGAUAUCGAUCCGGAAGCUGGAAAAUGGAUGCUGAGGCGACCGGCGCCCCAAAGCGUGAUGCACUGCGAGACGAGCACAUAAGGAGAGCAGAGAUUGAGGCGCGACUAGUCAUGGCGGGCCUCGCAGGUAUUCCGAUUGACUGGGGAUACGAGGUCGUUGUUGGCGCUUUGCAGUGCGACGAGGCGUUGCUGGAUUUCGAGGUUCCGGCUGCGGCAGAG